AUGACAACUCAGCUUACGCACAUUGAUGGGCAUAUUGUAGAGAUGUGUAAUCUGAUAACCAUGCUUAUAACCAAUGUAAGUUGUAAUUGGAAUAAGUUUGAAUCCAUUUCUAUUGUAUUUGGUAUCCGGACGAUAAUAAAGGAUAAACUGCCGUACGUUUCGGGCACAAACAAUACCGGUUUUAAAGGAAUGACUGUGCGUUCUGAUGCUUCUCGACCCUGGUAUUCCUGCGUAGCCAUUAGGCUCAGCGCAGCCGGUGUUCCCUGCGACCACGCCGAACGGCGAAAAGGCCGGGCAAUGACCAGUGGAGGACGGAGGUGGGCCCAAGGCGUUAUCAAGAGCUUGACACGGCUGCAGGAAGCGACGGUAUUCGUGCUGCUUGCGGCUGCGGUAAGGCCGAACUAG